CGUAUUUGGAUUGACGAGUACCGCCCAUGUGACUCUGCGUUUGUUUUCGUGUGAUGAUGGCUUCCUCCCUGAGCUCUGUUGCUCACUAGCUGCCUGGAAGAAACAACAUGGAAAAGGAGCGUUAUCUGAAACAAACCCGCCACCUAAGAGCUCCAAACCAGCAUCAGAAGAAAGAGAAAGUGAGAACCAAAGAGUGGAGAGGGGAAAUAAAUGCUCAGACUGACUGGGAAUGUUGUUUUUAUACCACCUGCCAGACGACAUUCUCUACCUCGUCCUCUCCUAUCUGGACUGCCGGGCUUUGAACAGUUUGGCCCAAGUUUGCAAGAAAAUGUACAAUUUCACCAGCAGGGACGUUGUUUGGAAGAAGAUAGCGAAAGAGUGCAUCAAUUCUGGAAUAACUCAACAAGGGAGAGACAUAUUUCCUAAGAUCCCUCUAAAGGACAGGGUGAAGAUAUCUCAGAACUGGCGCAGAGGACAUUGCAGGAAGGAAGCUGUCCUCAAAUGGAAGAACAACUUGUUGCCAUGGAUACAGUUAGACAGCGAUGUAAUGUAUCUGUCUCAGGCAGCGGACAUCAGAGCGUACCAACUGAGACCAGAUAGCGGAGGGCUCCAGCGGAAGCCUGUGGCUGUGUACUCUGGGCACUGGGAAGAUGUGUGCAGGUUCAUCGUGACGGAGUCUCACCUGAUCAGUGCAGGAGUAGACGGGAAGAUCAUUCUGCACCAGAAACAGGGCUCGUUCAGCAUGGAGUACUCUGCUCACAACCAGGAGGUGAACUGCAUUGACAGCAAGGGAGGUGUCAUUGUCAGCGGUUCAAGGGACAGGACAGCACGGGUGUGGUCCCUGUCUUCCAACAGACUAGGCGAGUGUUUGCACACGAUCCCGACUCUUGACCGGGUUUGGUCACUGGCCAUUAGCCCCUCGCAAAGCUCCUUCGUGACUGGCACAGCCUGUUGUGGUCAUGUGGCACCUCUGAGAAUCUGGGACAUGGAAAGCUGCCAGCUGCUGACUUGCCUUGGGACAGAUUUCCUCAGAGGAGCCGGUGUCCUGGAUAUUGUGUACGAGUCUCCCUCAACACUGCUGUCCUGCGGUUAUGACACGUACAUCCGGUACUGGGAUGUCAGGGCCAGCACCAGAAAGUGUGUCAUGGAGUGGGAGGAGCCUCACGACAGUGCCCUGUACUGCAUCCAGAGUGACAGCAAUCACAUGAUCGCCAGCGGCUCCUCCUACUACGGCGUGGUCCGGCUCUGGGACAAGCGGCAGACACGUUGUUUACAGACCUUCUCUUUGUCCUCCCCUACCAGCAGCCCAGUUUACUGCCUCCGUUUCAACAGCACCCACCUGUAUGCUGCCCUGGCCUCUGCACUGUAUGCGCUGGAUUUCAAAGGAUUGGACUCACGGGGCAGAAAAUAGAAUAUUACAAGAUAACGCAAGAACAGCAGAAGGGUUCCAAGACAGAUCUUGACAGACUUGUCCCGAGAAUCUGGAAAUGCCUGUUGGUGCUGGUGAAAAAACUGAUCUCAGGUGCUGCACAAAUUCACUUCUUCAUUUCAAUUCAAUUCACAUGCCAAUGUGCCUGACCUGGAGAGAUAAUCCUCUGCACGGCUGAAAGUGUAUUCCAGACCCCUGUGUUCCAUCUAGCAAGGACUUUCUGUAAAGGAUGCCAGUAGUGCAAAGUGUAUGAAGUACCUGAUGCAGAGUGCAGUCACCCUAGCUAUGUGAGACCACUAAAGCCGUAUCAGUUGUUGGAUUUGAGCUUGGGUCUUCUUUAAGGGAGAACCUUUAUAAAAUAUUUAGUUUUUCAUCUACGCUCCACAGCCUUUGCAGUGACUCUCGAUUUGAUCAAGGGAAAGACAUGUUCCCACUUGAUAAAAUUCAGCUGGCCUCAAAUUCUCUGUGUUCAAUGUGUUGCUAUUCAGAUAUAAAUAUAUUUAAAGCAAAACAACAGAAUCAAAUUGGUGCAAAACAUUUACAUGAUCAACAUUAAAUUCCUGUUCUAAAAAAAAAAAAAGCUGGAUGAGGCAAUGGGAAAUGUUUGUCACAACUGAAACAUUAUCUGUACAAUUUAAAAAAAUAUAGGGAAGGCAAUUUUAGUUUUUAACAUUAUAGGAAUCCAUCCCCUGAGCACCCAUAAUUUUAGAGUUUAUAACCCUAAACAGUGAUAAACCACAUGAUGAUUAAGUAAGCCCUAUUCAUGCAUUUUUUAGACUCUUAAACAGUAGAAUGAUUAGUCUGUGCAGAUGUUCAAACAAAAGUCAUGUUUAUAAUAUACUGUCUUACCAGCAUGUAUAUAGAAACUAUUGUAUAUUUCACAGCAUACUCUGUUGUCUUUUACUUUUCUUCUGUCAAUCAUGCAGUUUUGGUAAAAUAAGUUGUUACUGGUUUUAUUUGUU